AUGAGCGUUUCAGCAGGUCGCGCGCCGGUUCGUGGCGCAGAGUGUAAGAACUCUGACCCGCCGUUGCACGUACGAAGCUCGGGUUCUUCCGAUCCGUUAGACGCGGAGACAUGUGCGAGCUGGCUGAAGCCUCGCUUGCCGCUGUCUGAGUUUGACGUAGAGGAGCACUGGUCGCCGACCUACAGCCAGCAGUUUCUCGAGUGGUGCCAAGAUAGCUCGCAACACAAACUCUUUGUGUAUUUCGGCCAAGUCAAGGCGCCAGAUGAGCCCCCGCGGCUAGUCUUCAGCAGAAACCGGGUUCCAAGUGAAGUUCGCUCGGGGCAAGUCCGCGAGUUCGUCUUCUUCGGAAAGCGAACCGCCGCCCCGCUGACGAAGGCGACGCUGAACGAGCACGUCUUCUUUUCUUGCAUCCGGGGGGACAUGCUCAAGUCCCUCAUCACUCUCUUAAGCGGCGUCUAUGUUCCUUUCUCCAUGAAAGAGCGUGGCUGGCCAGAGAACGUUCGCAAAGACUUUACCGGGCAGCUGCAGCGCUUCCUCGCAAGCGUGACAGAGACGGUCUACCAGGCCAAAGGCGCAACGCUGCUCUACGUCCCCAUCGAAGACCUGUCUGACUUAGGGGCGGCUCUGAAAGACAAGGAUCUCGUCCAGCGACUAGAAGCCACAGUCAUCUACUGGACCCGCCAAAUCAAGGAAGUUAUGAUGGUUCAGGAUACGACUCAAGACGCUGACAACACUGGACAUCUCGACGAGAUUCGUUUCUGGCGCGAGAGGGCAGUGAAUUUUUCCCGGCUAAUGGAGCAGUUCAAGAGCCAGGCUGUCCUAAGAAUCUUCGAGUUGCUCGAGCUCUCAAAGUCAACUUACUUGAAACAGUUCAGAGCUGUCCAAGCCGAUGUUCACCAAGCCUCUCUGGAAGCUGAAGACAACCUGAAGUUCCUUUCAGCUCUGGAGAAGCCGUCAGAGAAACUGGCACAAGCAAAACCCGAGGCGAUUCCGCCCAUUCUUCAGCAGCUUCUCAACUCCGUCCGGAUGAUCUGGUCAACUUCCACUUACUACAAUACGUCAGACCGCAUCUCAGGGUUGCUUAGGAAGAUAUCGGCUGAAGUGAUAAAGCGCUGCCAAGCUGCCAUCGACCUGAGUCUAAUCUGGAGCGGUGUAGUGGACAACGCGAUAACGUCUCUUCAGCAGUCGACUGAGUGCGGACGAGCCUGGAAACGCCUGUAUCAGCAAAUGUGUAAACUUGUGAGGCGACACAGCUCGCACGGACGCCACUGGGACUUUCCCGAAGGCGCGGUGUUUGCUGAGAUCGACGCCUUUGUUCAGCGGUGCUGCGACCUCCUUGAGGUCUGCGAAUGCCAGCGACACUUCAACACACGGGCACAGCAGAUUGCGCUGCCGAUGUUCGCCGGUUUUCGUUUCAAAGAAGUGUCUCGAAGUAUCUACGAGAUCGAGGACGCAUUUGCGAAGGGGCUGCGGAGGCUGCGCGAUCUGGAUUAUUUCGUCUUGGACGUCAAAGCCACCAAAUGGCACGAUGACUUCGCGGUCUUCAAAAACCAGGUCAAGGACCUGGAAUUCAUGUACACGAAUGUCAUUACCUCCGCGUUCGACGGCGUCCAGACGGUCGAUGCAGCGUGCCAGGUGUACGACGCAUUUUACUUGCUGGCGAAGCGCACGCGGAUCAAGAAAUUUCUCGAAAAGAAGAACGCCGAUGUCUGGAAUCGCUUCAUUCAGGACCUUGCCCUCGUCAAACGGCAGUUCGAAUGUAUCCGGAAGAACCCACCACAAGCGCUUUCGAUUCCCUACCAGCAUCCGAGCCACGCAGGUCUGGGCCUGUGGACUCGCGGGCUAAUCCUCAAAAUCCAAGCGCAGAUGGACACCCUCGACGCCAUGUACUACAUGCCGCCCUGCCGAGAGGCCGACGUCGCACGCGAAAGUUUCAGCAGCAUCCGCUCUAUGCUCGUCUUUUUCGUCGAACAAUCCUUCGAAGAAUGGUGUCAAGAGCUGAGUGGCCUCGACGGAGGCAGUGCUGCACUGACCAAACGACUUGAAAGACCGUUGCUCGUCCGCACAGACGCCAACAUUCUUACGAGAGGCAGAGGCGGACAGCUCGAGAGCAACUUCGACAAGACCUUGAUAAAAAACCUCCAGGAGGCCUACUUUUGGCAAAAGAUGCACAACCAGGGCAUCAACCUGCCUUACGCUGCACACGAAAUGCUCAGACACCGCGAUAAGCUAAUUGCGCUGCGCGAGCAUGUCGCCCGCGUCGUUAGAGAGUACAACCUCAUCCUAGACACUAUUGCUCCCGAUGAGCGCAGACUCUUUCAGCAGCACAUCCACACUUUGGACAAACGAAUCGCUCCUGGCAUUCAGAAAUUGACGUGGAACUCGAAAGGAAUAAAGGAGUUUUUCGUUCGAGACACGUUGCGAGAGUGUCAAAUUGUCUACGGCUUCGUUCGCCGAUUUCAAACGAAUCACCAGACGAUUUUGGCGCACUGCAAAGCCAUUUCCGAGCUACACUUCAUCUCCAUUGACCGACGAAAAAUCUACGCCGAUGAAGAAUUUCGGCACGAGCAGGCGACGAAGAAACGAGAAAUCGAGGAUUACCUCUCACAAGCCCACAAAGCGAUCACGGAUAUUCUGCAGGACUCUCAUCGCCUGUUCGAGGAACAUCCUUUCGAGAUCCAGAGAGAGUGGAAGUGCUACGUAGAGAAAGUCGAUAAGCGCGUGGGCGACGCGCUGAAAAAAGCUGUCCGUACCUCUCUACAGGAUCUUUCGAAAGUCCUCAACCCCGCAGGCGGCAAGACAAGCACGCUUGACGUUGUGCCGCUGUUCAAAGUGCAUGCGGUUCUCGACAGCCAGAACCGCAUGGACUUCAAACCCUCGAUGGCGGAUCUGAAGGAGCUCCUACAAACCGUCUGCAAAGACUUGUGCCUCACGCUGCAAGUCGUCCCGCGGCUCAGGGAGCACCUUCAAACGCUCAACGAGAUUAAGGACGCGUCGGACUCAGAUAAAAUCGAAUCAGAGAGCCAAUUAGGAGAUGGAGAGGAGGCGAAGGCCGAUGACAAGAAGUUGCCAUCGACGUUCUACGAAAUGGUUUCCAAAGACGACGACUGCGUGCGCAUAGUCAUUCAGAUCAUGAAGGGCUUGGCGAACUGCGCGUCGAAGCUGCAAGAGCGCCUCAAGUGGUGGCGGAACAACUACCAACCGAUUGUCUCGCAGAACAGAGAGGAGAUUAUUCGCAAAUACGCGCGAACGGAACGCCCUCUGCCGGUCAUCUGCACGAAUAUCCAGAGAUACAAGGAACUCCAGGCAGACAUUCAGCAAGAAGAAUUCAAAAUCACAAUCUGUUUUAUCGAGGGCGACUUCACGAUUCUGAAGCAGGCGCUGACGAAUCACUGCCAGCAGUGGCUGGUGCAGCUCGAGGCCUACCUGCAUCGAAACGCCACCCGGGCAGUCGAAAACCUGCUCGACUACUUCCAAACGAACGCGGAGAGUCUGCGGAAGGUUCCACAGACGACAGAGGAGAUUCGCGAGAAACUGCAUCUUUGGCACAAAUGCAAAGGAGACGUCCCCUACCUCGAGGAGCGCAUACGCCCGAUCGACGAGCAGUUUGCGAAGCUCUUCGAACUUGGAGUGCAAAUUCCCGAGCACGAGGAAGCUCAGCUGCAGUCGCUGAGGCGCAGAGCGGAGGAAUUCGAGGCGAUGCUGGAGGAAACAGAGGCCAUGCUGAGCAAAACGAAGAAGGCCAUGUCGGCAGACAUGGAGAGGCUUAUGCACGGAAUCGAGCGGCAAGCUGCGGACCUGUUGAAGAAGUUCCAGGCGUCCGCGCCAUUCGACGGCCUCGCGUUCAACUACGCCCCCCACGUUGCCUUCCACACCAUCGCGCUCUUUCGCGCCGAAGUUGAGAAGCUCCGCGAGAGCGAAACCCAGCUGAAACCCAAACUCGCCUUCUUCCAAAUCGAAUGCGUGCAGUUCUCUGAGCUCGCAAAAAUGGAGGGCGACUUCCAGAUGCUCACGGAGAUCUGGACGUUGGUUGAAGAAUGGAAUGCGGAGUGGAGCGCCAUCCAGACGCAGGCGCUCUGCGCGCUGAGCACGACGGAGCUCGACAGAACGGCCGACGCCUUCCAGAGCCGCUUGACGAAGAUGGAGGAGAUUCGAACCUGGCCGGUCUGGCGCAAGUGCCAACGAGAAAUCGACCAGUUCCGAAAAGGGCUGCCGCUCGUCAGCAAUCUGCGUAGCCCGGCUCUUCGCGAGAGACACUGGGCUCGGAUCAAGAAGGAGGUCGCUGAGCCCUUCGAUCCUCAGUCCAGCGACUUUACUCUCAACGCCGUUGUGCAGUUGGAUUUGAUCCGCCGCGCAGACUUGAUUGGGCGUCUGGCGGACGAAGCGCGCAAAGAGUACAAGAUUGAGUCUGCUUUGCAGGAAAUUGCCUCGACGUGGGCAAACAUGCGCCUCGACGUCGGCGCGCACAAGGAGACGCUACUCAAGUUGAAGGGAAAUGAGGAGCUGUUCAACAUCCUUGAGGAGAACAUCCUCACGCUCAGCGUGAUGAAGUCCAAUCAGUAUCACUUGCCCUUCAAGGAGGAAGUCGAGCACUGGGAGAAGACCCUCGCGCACGUCUCGGAAGUGAUUGAGACCAUCCUCCAAGUGCAGAAGCAGUGGCUGUACCUUGAAAAUGUCUUCAGAGGGUCGGACGAUAUUCGCCAGAUGCUUGCUCAAGAGGCGGAGCAAUUCGACAGCGUGCAUGUGGCCUUCGUGGCGCUGCUCUCGCGCGUCCGAGCAGACUCGAACGUCCUGCGAACGUGCGCGCUUCCUGGCGUGCUGCGCGAACUCAUCGAGAUGAACGAGACGCUGGAGCGCCUGCAGAAGUCUCUUGAUGACUACCUCGAGGAGAAAAGGCAGGAAUUCCCGAGGUUUUACUUUCUAUCUAACAGCGAUCUGCUGGAGAUACUCGGUCACUCGAAAGAACCAGAUCACAUUCAAAAACACAUAAAGAAACUCUUCGAGGGUACCAAGCUGCUCGACCUCCUUCCCCCCGGAAAGCGCCAGAACAAGACGUGGGACGCGGAGGGCCUGAUUGGACAAGACGGCGAAAAAGUGAAGUUCCAGCCCAAGCAUGUCGUUCUCGAAGGCCCUGUCGAGUGCUGGCUAGGCAAGGUCGAGAAGAGCAUGCGCGAGACGCUGAAGCGGCAGCUCCUCGCCACGCACCAGGCGAACUUGGCGAAAGGGACUAAGAAAGAGAGAUGGCUCAAGGAAAGCUGCGGCCAGCUCACCAUCACCUCCAGCCAGAUCGCGUGGACGACAGACACAGAGACCGCGCUACGCAAGGUGGCCAAGGGAAGCAAGAACGCGUUGAAGCAGCUGAAGAAACAACAGUGUCGCUACCUCACGAAGCUGAUCGACUUAGUUCGUCAGUCGGUGACUCCAAUGGAGCAGGCCAAACUCGUCGCGCUCAUUACAAUCGAGGUCCAUGCGAGAGAUGUCCAAGAGAGGCUAAUUCAAAUGCGCUGCGAAAGUGACAAUUGUUUCGCUUGGAAGUCUCAGUUGCGAUUUGAGCUCCGCGAAGACUCCAUAGACGACAGACAAGGCAACGGAACUGCGUCGCAGGGCCUCGGUUUCAUGGGCUGUCAAGUGCUCCAGACAGAGACUGUGACUACGUACGGCUACGAGUAUCAGGGCAACAACGGGCGCCUCGUGAUCACGCCACUGACCGACAAAUGCUACAUGACGCUGACGAUGGCGCUGCACUUGAAGCUCGGCGGCUGCCCACAGGGCCCUGCAGGCACUGGCAAGACAGAGACUGUGCGCGAUCUGGGUAAAAGCAUCGCAAAGCUGGUGCUCGUCUUCAACUGCUCAGAUGCCCUGGACUACAUCUCGCUGGGGCGGAUCUUUAGCGGCCUCGCGCAAUCGGGGACCUGGGGGUGCUUUGACGAGUUCAAUCGCAUCGAAAUCGAGGUCUUGUCUGUCGUCGCGCAGCAGAUCUCAGUCAUCCAACACGCGCUUCGUCCUCAGAAUCUCAAAUUCCUCUUUGAAGGCCAGCGCGUGCGGCUCGACCCGUGCUGCGGCAUUUUCAUCACGAUGAACCCGGGCUACGCUGGGCGCACAGAGCUCCCCGACAACCUGACCAGCCUCUUCAGGCCUGUCUCCAUGAUGAGUCCCGAUCUCGCAAUGAUCUGCGAAAUCGUGCUCUUGGCUGAAGGCUUCGAGGACGCGCGCGUGCUGUCGAGGAAGAUCAUCACGCUGUACCAGCUCAUGAGUCAGCAACUGAGCAAGCAAGACCACUAUGACUUUGGCCUUCGCGCGAUUCGCUCUGUGCUGAGCCGCGCAGGCCAGGUGCGCCGAUCUGGCGGCGCGGUAGCAGAACACGAAGUCCUCAUUCGCGCGAUUAUCGACUUAAACGCCUCGAAAACGGUCACAGACGACGGGAUGCUCUUUACUGCGCUCAUGCGUGACCUGUUUCCAGAGACCGACAUCUCGCAGCUGCAGAGCCAGGAUCCGGUGUUGAAGCAAGCCCUCGAGUGGGCGCUGGAGGACGCGGGAUUGCAGCGCGUCGAGCACAUUGUCACGAAGGCCACGCAGCUGUUUCUCACGAUGGAGACGCGCCACGGGAACAUGCUUGUAGGAAAGAGCCUCACAGGGAAGACGACGGCCUGGACCAUGCUGCAGAAGGCCCUCUGCCGUUUGAGCGAAGAAGGCCACCAGGGGUUCGAACCCGUGCGCACGUUUGUCAUCAACCCCAAGUCCGUAGAUGUGAACGAGCUCUACGGCAGCUUCAAUAUUCAGAGCCUGGAGUGGGUCGACGGCAUUCUCUCAGCGGUCAUGCGCGCCGCCUGUCAAGACUCGCGACCGACGCACAAGUGGAUUGUGCUGGACGGGCCUGUCGACACGCUGUGGAUCGAGUCGAUGAACUCGCUGCUCGAUGACAACAAAACGUUGACGCUGAUCAACGGCGAUUGCAUCGCCAUGCCACCGCAGGUCUCGUUGCUGUUUGAGGUUGAGAACCUCUCCGCCGCAUCGCCGGCGACAGUCAGCCGUGUCGGCAUGGUCUACAUGGACCCCGGAGACCUCGACUGGAAUCCUCACGUCCAAAGCUGGCUAGCGAAGCACUAUCAGACGCCGGAGCUGAGGAGUUUCGUGGCAGACUUGUUUAGCAAGUACCUGGAAAAAGUGCUGAAGGUCCGCCGUGAGUGCACGGGGCUCGUGCCAAUUACGGACAUGAACGGGGUGAUGUCGCUUUGCAAGCUGUACGAGAUCUUUUCUGAGCGCCUAAGCCCCGAGUUGCAAGAGGAGAAGCUGUAUUCGAUGAUGGAGAAGACCUUCGCGUUUGCCGUGAUCUGGUCGCUGGGAGCGUCGGUUGACGCAGAGAGCCGACCGCUGAUGGACCGCUGCAUCCGGCAAAUCGAACCUUCUUUCCCACCUGGACAAACGGUCUACGACUAUUUCCUCAACUACGAGAAGCAAGACUGGAAACUAUGGGAGGAUCGCCUGCCUAGCCAAUACAGGCCGCUGGAAGGGACGCCGUUUCACAAGAUUCUCGUUCCCACCGUAGAUGUGCUGCGAAACAGCCAUUUGUUGAACGGCCUCAUUCUGCGGCGGAAGCACGCGCUCUGUGUAGGGCGGACGGGUACCGGGAAGACCGCGUCGAUCGUUGCGACCGUCUUGCACAGCCUCUCUGAAAGCACGCACAUGACACUCACCAUCAACUUCUCCGCGCAAACCUCUUCACGAAAAACGCAAGAGAUUGUCGAAGGCAAACUCGAAAAGCGCGUGAAAGACAGAUAUGGGCCUCCAGGGAACAAGAGACUCGUUUGCUUCAUCGACGACCUGAACAUGCCUCGCAAAGACACGUUCGGCUCGCAGCCGCCGCUCGAGCUCCUGCGGCAGCUCACAGACUAUGGCUGCUGGUACGACCGGCAGAAGCAAACGGUAAAGCACAUCCAAGAUACCCAGAUCGUCGCGGCCAUGGGACCUCCUGGGGGAGGGCGCUCAGUCAUUCCCAUGCGGCUGCAGACGCGGUUCAACCUGAUCAACUUCACGGACCCCGGCGAGCAACAAGUCAAGAGGAUCUUCAACACACUCGCGCUUCACAAAUUCUCAGAUUUCAAAGAGGACAUCAAAGGGGCGGCGGAGAGUAUCGCCGCUGCGACAAUUGCUCUCUACGAGCAAGUUCGCGCUCGGUUCCUGCCGAAGCCUGACAAGCCGCAUUACCUCUUCAACAUGCGCGACAUUUCGCGCGUCUUCCAAGGUCUGUACCAGGCUGAGCUUCACGUGUUCGAAGAUAAAGACAGCGUCCUCAGACUCUGGAUCCACGAGUGCCUGCGAGUGUUUCAUGACCGUCUGACAUCGCACGAGGAUCGUUCAGAGUUUUUCCAGCUUCUGGAUGGCGUGGCGGAGAAGACGCUGCAGGUCAGCACCAAGGAGAUCUGCAAAGGCGAGCGGAACCUGAUUUUCGUCGCGCUGCCCUUUGACGCGACCCCCAUAGCGGACGCGCCCUACGAGGAAGCGCGAGACAAGCAACAUCUGAAGCAAUUUCUCACUGAAAAGCUCGACGAGUACAACGAGAACAGUCUGCAAGGUCGCAUGCCUCUUGUGCUCUUCCGAGACGCCAUCGAGCACUGCUGUCGCAUUUUCCGCAUUUUGUGCCUGCCGAAUGGCCACGCCACGCUGGUCGGCGUGGGCGGGAGCGGCCGACACUCGCUGACAACUUUCGCAUGUUUUCUGGCGAAGCAGCAGUGCUUCCAAAUCGAAAUCACUCGGAACUACGGGCACGCUGAGUUCCAAGAGGACCUCAAGAAACUGUUCAACGAGACAGGUGUGGAAGGCAAGCCGACGACCUUUUUGUUGUCAGAUUCCGAGAUUUUAACUGAGGCCUUCGUCGAGGACGUGCACAACAUGCUGAGCUCUGGCGAAGUGCCGAAUCUCUUCUCCGCGGAGGAACUCGGGGCGAUCGCAAGCGAGCUCGAGCGAGCGGCGAAGGCGGCGGGGAUCCGAACGUCUGAUCCCGACGCCAUCCACGACUUUUUCCUGUCGAGAGUCCGCGAGAAUCUCCACAUCAUCUUCUGCGUUCGACCCAUCGGCAAUCUCCUAAGGGACUGCUGCAGGAACUACCCGGGCUUCGUGAACAACACGACGAUCGACUGGUUUUUCCCGUGGCCGGCCGACGCGCUGAUUGAAGUCGCUGCGACGUCGCUGAGCGACUCCACGGUCGACGAAGCUGCGCAGACUGCCGCGGCGGAGGUGGUGGCUGCCGUCCACGCCUCUGUCGUCGCGGAGUCCGAGCGCAUGUUUCUGGAAAUGAAGCGCCGCAACUACGUCACCCCGACCAAGUUCCUCGAGCUCGUCCAAGGCUACAUCCGGCUAUAUAGGGAGAAGACGGAGGAAGUUGAAGAGCUGGUUCACAAGCUGUCUGUGGGUCUCGACAAGCUGGUGGAGACGCGAGCGCAGGUCGAGGUCAUGGGCGCGGAGCUGGAGACGAAGAAAGAGGUCGUCGCCAAGAAGCAGAUCGAGUGCCAAGACUUGCUCGUUGUAAUUGUUGAGAAACGGCGGGUUGCCGACGAACAGAAAAAGCAGGUCGAGGCCGACAGCGAGAGGAUUAGCAAAGAAGAAGUUGAAACGAAGCUCCUCUCUGAAGACGCGCGCCGCGACCUCGCGAAGGCCAUGCCGGCGCUCGAGGCGGCCAUAGACGCGCUGGAAAAACUCGACAAAAAGUCAGUUGCUGAAGUCAAGGCCUACACCAAGCCUCCAGACUUGGUCGUGAAGACGAUGGCGGCGGUCAUGACGGUGAUGGAGAAGACGCCCUCGUGGGCGCAGGCGAAGGUUGAGUUGAACGACCCGAGUUUCUUGACCAAGGUGAAGAACUUCGACAAAGACUCAAUCUCCAAUAACACACUGAAAAAGAUAGAAAAGUUUACCAAAGACCCGACGUUCGCGCCCAACAACGUGCUCAAAGUCUCGCGCGCAGCUGGCGCUCUGUGUCUCUGGGUGCACGCCAUGCAAAUGUACGCGGAGGUCUACCGCGAAGUCGAACCCAAGCGGCUUCGCCUUCGACUUGCAGAAGAGCAACUCGAAAAAAAACAAAUGGAUCUCUUGGCGUCCACGCAAAGGCUGCAAGACAUUCAGCAGCGGCUGGAGGAGCUGAAGGUUCAGUACAACGACUCAAUUCGGACGAAAGACGAGUUGAACGCGUCGGCGGAGGAGUUGAAGCUCAAGAUGGAGCGAGCGGAGAGCCUCAUCACGGGCCUCGCAGGCGAACGCGACAGAUGGGAGGUGUCUCUCGCCCAAUACACGGAGAAGCUGAAGGCGCUCCCAGGCGACUGUCUGCUCGCCGCCGCCUUCAUGUCCUACGCCGGGCCCUUCAACACAGUCUACCGAAAUCGACUAGUGUCUGAGAACUGGGUGCCGCUGGUGCACGCCUUCCAGAUUCCACACAACCCGAGCUUCGACUUUGCAGACUUCCUGGCGAAGCCGAUCCACGUGCGGCAGUGGAACCUGCAGGGGCUGCCCUCAGACCGCUUCUCCACCGAGAACGGCGUCCUCGUCACGCAGUCGCGGCGAUGGCCGCUGAUGAUCGACCCGCAGAGCCAAGCCACAAAAUGGAUUCGCAAGAUGGAAGCCGCGCGCGACCUGCGGCUCAUAGAUGCCGAGACGAAGGACUACAUGCGGGUCAUCACCAUGGCCGUGGAGAACGGAAAGCCUGUGAUGAUGGAGAGAGUCCAAAACAGCGGCGUCGAUCCGGCGCUUGACGCACUCCUCGCGCAACGCUUCAUCGACGUCUCAGGGGCGCCUUCAAUCCGAAUCGGAGACAUCGUGGUUCGGUACAACCCGAGCUUUCGGUUCUACCUAACGACGAAGCAGGCGAAUCCGCAUUUCAUGCCGGAGCUGGCAUCGAGCGUCAAUCUCGUGAACUGCAUCGUCAAAGAAGACGGCCUGACGGCGCAGCUUCUGGCGAUCGUGGUUAUGAACGAAGAGCCGCGGCUGGAGGAGCAGAAGAAUGAGCUGGUCGUCAAGCUCGCGGAGGGGCGGCGGCGGCUCCAAGACCUCGAAGACGAAAUUCUUCGCUUGCUGACCAAUUCGCAGGGCUCGCUGCUCGACGACGUGGAACUCAUAGCCGCUCUGCAGGAAUCAAAAGCGAUUGCAGAAGAAGUGACGCGACAAAUCGAGGUGUCGGAACAGACCAUGCAGAAGAUCGACCAAGCCAGAGACGCGUACAAGCCCUGCGGCAUCCGCGCGUCGGUUCUGUACUUUGUGCUUCACGACUUGAUUCUCGCCGACCCCAUGUACCAGUUUUCGCUCGACGCAUACGUGGAGCUUUUCAUUUCAAGCAUCGAGAAGGCCAAAGAAGACAACGCCAUGACUGCCUCAGUCGAAGAGCACGUCGAGAUCCUCAACAGCUACCACACCCUCGCUGUAUACAGGAACGCGUGCCUCGGUUUGUUCGAGAAGCACAAGCUGCUGCUGAGUCUGCACUUGGCGACGAGUGUGCUGCAGUCGCGCGGCCAGCUCAACAAAGAAGAGUAUCAGUUUCUUCUCGGAGGCGGUGCCGUCGCUGACAGAAAGAAUCAGCCGCAGAACCCUGAUCCCGACUGGAUUAGCCAGCACGCCUGGGACUGCAUCUGCGAGUUAGACAAGCUGCCGAGCUUCCAGGGCUUCCAGACGUCCUACGAGCAGACAUUGAGAGACUGGCGCAAGUGGCACGCGACAGUCGAGCCCGAGCACGAGGCUCUUCCAGGCGAGUGGCAGGCGCGGCUGGACGCUCUGCAGCGGCUUCUGAUCAUUCGCUCGCUGCGCAGCGACCGGUUCCUGCCGGCAGCCAGCCGCUUCGUCGCCGACACGAUGGAUGCCCGAUUCGUGGAAGCCCCGCCGCUCGACCUGGAAGCCGUUUUCAACGAAUCGAAAAGCACCGUUCCGCUCAUCUUUGUCCUUUCCAAAGUCGACCCCACUGGGCAACUCAUGGCUCUCGCCUCCGCCAAAAAUGUGCAGGCGAUUGCCGUCGCGUUGGGACAAGGCCAGUCGGCGCGAGCCGAGAGGCUGAUUCGCGAAGGCGCCCGACACGGGUUUUGGGUGUUCCUCGCCAACUGCCACCUCGCUCUUUCCUGGCUGCCUGCGAUGGAGAAGCUCAUUGAGGAAGUCAUCGACUCUGGUCCCCACGAGAACUACCGGCUCUGGCUGUCCUCCGAGCCUCACCCUGACUUCCCCAUUGCGCUCCUCCAGAGGUCUACAAAGAUCACGACUGAGCCGCCCAAGGGCUUGAAGUCGAACCUGCAGCGCCUCUUGCUCCAGCGCACGGAGGAAGACUUGAGCCGAGCGAAGGUGCCUGACGAUCGCUACCGGCGGCUGUUUUUCUCGCUCUGUUGGCUUCACGCGGUGCUGCUUGAGCGACGAAAAUUCAAAGGCGUCGGGUGGAACGUGCCAUACGAUUUCAACGAUUCAGACUUCAUCGUCAGCGACAACAUUCUCGCCAUCUACGCCGAACAGUACAGCAACGACAUGCCUUGGGAAGCCCUACGGUACAUGGUGGCAGAAGCCUGCUACGGCGGCCGCGUGACCGACGACAAAGAUAUGCGGCUGCUGCACGUGUACUGCGUCGAUUUCUUCGGCCCCCACGUGCUCCAGUCCGACUUCAAAUUCACCCCGUCUGGCGCCUACUACAUUCCCGAAGACUCCACGAUCACGAGCCUGAAGACGUACGUCCGCGACCUGCCGGUAAUUGACCCGCCGGAGAUCUUCAGCCAGCACGUGAACGCCGAGAUAUCUUCACAGAUCGCCGACGCCGAGAGUCUGCUCGCCACCCUGCUGCUUCUACAACCGCCUGGGAGCACCGCGCAGUCGACUGGGGGCCCUGGAAAACCUGAGGAGCAUGUCUACAAAGUUUGCGAAGCCGUGGAGCAGACCUGGCCAGCAGACAUCGACUACCCACUGAUUGUUGCGCGUAGCGAAGGCGACGUCACACCUCUCCGCGUUGUGCUGCUGCAAGAAAUUCAGCGGUACAACAAGCUCCUCCGUUUCGUUCGCGAGUCGCUGGAGGCACUGCAGAAAGGCCUGCUUGGUCUCGCGGUAAUGUCCGACGAAGUCGAACUCGUUAUGCAGGCUCUCGAGAAGGGCGCGGUCCCUGAAGCUUGGAAAUUCGCCUAUCCAUCCGUCAAGCCUCUCUCCAGCUGGGUUCUCAACUUGCGAGAGAGAAUCGAUUUCCUGAGCGCUUGGGGCCUGGAUAGGCCACCAAAAGUGUUCUGGUUGGGAGGCUUCACGUAUCCAAGCGGAUUCCUGACCGCCCUCCUUCAGCAGUUUGGUCGCCGGAACACGCUAUCGGUCGACGUCCUCAACUUCGACUUCCUUGUUCAGACAACGAGCGACGAGACGCAGAUCGCUCAGGCACCCAAGGAGGGGGCAUACAUCAAGAAACUUUAUUUGGAAGGUGCAGCUUGGAAUGUGGAGAACCACUGCCUGAGAGACUCAGAGCCGAUGAAGCUAAUUGCGGACAUGCCAAUUAUUCACUUCAAGCCAGUGGCGAGAAAGCGUGUCCCAACGGAAACUAUUUACUCCUGUCCCCUCUAUGCAUAUCCAAUUCGAUCUGGCACCCGAGAGAGGCCGUCAUUUGUCACGUCAGUUGAGUUGAAAUCAGGUGGCUAUGACGCUUCAUUCUGGGUGAAGCGGGGCACAGCGCUGCUGUUAUCAAAAGGCGACUAG